AUUUAAAUGCCCCUUCUGUGGAGCAGCCUGACGCGAGGCUCAGAGCGCUAUCCGAAGCGGCAUGCAAAUACAUGAUUUCCACUUUUCAUCCAAAACUUCCUGGGGACCGUGUUUGUCGUUGGGAUUUUUUUAGGUCGCACUGUUUUUAUUUUAUUAUUACAUUUUUUAACACAAUUCAAAGAUAUGGAUUUGCACAUUUUGGAUCAUAGACUGAGAGUGACUAGCAUCUGCAAGGACGGUUUGGUGAAUUUCACCCACUCGCUGAUCAAACUCAUGUUUCUCCGGAACAAAACGAGGUGUAAAUUCUUCAGCCUGACUGAGACCCCAGACAAUUACACAGUGGUGUUGGACGAGGAAGGAUUUAAAGAGCUGCCCUCGUUGGAACACCUGCAGGUGGAAGGCGCCACCUGGCUGCCACUCAAUGUGGUCUCCAACGGCAACGCCUCCAGCAGCUCCCAGGCCGUGGGGGUCACCAAGAUCGCCAAGUCCGUCAUCGCUCCGCUGGCAGAGCAGCACGUCUCGGUCUUCAUGCUGUCCACCUACCAGACUGACUUCAUCCUGGUCCGAGAGAAGGACCUGCCUGUGGUCAUCCACACUCUGGAGGAGGAGUUCAAGAUUUACCGGGAGGAAGAGGGCGAGCCCGUCCCAGUGCACAGCAAGGACAUGCAGAAUGGCUUCCACAAGAACGGGAAGGAAGCAGUGAAGCUGACAGUGCACCCAGUCCUGAGCCCACAGAACCAGUUCUGUGUGAUGAGUCUGGACCCAGACACCCUGCCUGCAAUAGCCACCACCCUCAUCGACGUGCUGUUCUACUCUAACAGUUCUGUGAAGGAUGAAGCUCCUCCCACUCAGGGGCUGGACUAUAUCAAGUUCUUUUCCUUUUCUCUGAUUGAUGGCUACAUCUCCAUCGUCAUGGAUACCGAAACUCAGAGACGGUUUCCGACCAAUCUCUUGUUUACCAGUUCCUCUGGUGAGCUCUGGAGAAUGGUGCGCAUUGGAGGGCAGCCGCUAGGCUUCGACGAGUGUGGGAUUGUUGCUCAGAUCUCCCAGCCGCUGGCAGAGGCAGACAUUUCUGCCUAUUACAUCAGCACCUUUAGCUUCGACCACGCAUUGGUUCCUGAGGAGGAUAUUGGCAGUGUGAUCGCCAUGCUGCAGCAGCAGAGACUGGAGGUUGUGAGCUGACCAGCUCCUUCACACAGAGAGAGAGACUGAGAGAGCGAGACUGAGAGAUCGCCUCCUGGGGGGCUGGGGGUUGCACGGCAGAGCUAAGAUAAUUAUUAACCUUUUGCCGCAGCAAGCCUUCAGCCCUGCCUUGGAGGAGGAGAGAACACUAACGUGGUCAACCCUUUCCACGUUGAAAGAUGGUCACGAGCCUUUUUGCAUUGGGUCACUGGUGUGGUCUUCCUUUCUUUUAAUGAGAUGGAAAUUUGGAUCUGGUUACAUCGUGGGGAUGCACUGGGCAGGAUGUUUAAUGGCAGGAUGUAAAUAUUAGCAAUGAACCAAAAAAAAAAAAAAAGCUGCCGUGCUUUAAUCCAACCCCAGAAGAGGGAUCUGGUGCUGUGUGUGUUUUAUUGGUGCUGAAAUAAGGAGGAACCCAGAAAUUCCAGCUGCGCAGAUAAGCAGAGCCCGCAUGGAAACUGGGAGAGAGCUUCCUUUCCACUGGGCUGCCCCAGAGAAUCUGGAAAAAGAAAUAGAGACUAGAGGAAACCGUGUGAAGUUGACAAACGUUUCUCCGAAAGCUGCCUUGAGUUCAGGAUGGCGAGUUUAAAGUUCUGGUCAGAAUAUCACAAAUCGACGCACUUUAUUUUGACCCAAAGCAGUAGCUGGUUUCUGAAUUGCCACUUUUUUUUUUUUUUUUUUUUUUUCCUCCCACAGCUAAUGGUGGCAAACCUUGUUUCCCCACAGCUGGCAGGGGUUAUGCGAAUCAGUUUUUUGUACUAAUUUUUAUACUUUAUCGUGGUCUUGUGGGCCACGUUUAUUGUGCCUACUUGAUUGUAUUUACAAUGACACUUGAUUUGAAAUGUAUUCUUCUGAAGUCUCACUAUGCUGACCACAGAUAUGCACAUGUUUUUGCUUCUCUAGCCAUGGCCCGAACUCCACGCUUAAGGAGUUCCUAUUGAGGUUGUAUUGCUUAAACUUAGUGACUAAUACUGACCCAUGGCAAGCAUUAUUUGAAUUUUGUAACUAUAUAGAUAGUGUAGUAUUUGUAAUUUUGAGAUUCAGUUCAGAAGUCGAAAUUCUCAGUCUUCCAUCAGCAGUUCUGAGGAGCAGUGGUCCACAUUGAGACUCCCCUGAAGGAUCCUAACUGCACUGAAAAGCCUGGUCGAUGUGUGGAUACAACGUUGGAAUGGGUCGUUUGUUAGAAGCUGCUCUCUGUAUGAAAGUUUCACUUGUGCUGUUUUGUUGGUUGGUGAGUUUCUGCUGAACAGCACAGCAAUAUCUACCCAGUGUGCUUUAGGGUUUCAGAUCCACUGCAGAGGUGUCAUAUUUGUUUCUGUUUGUAUAAUUGCAGAUUUUUGUACAAUAACAAAACAAAAGUAUUAUGUACAACGUUUGUAACGAUGCUGCUUUGUUCAUUAAAGAAUGUUGAAUUUA